AUGGGCUUUGUAAGUCUAGUAUGUGUCCUUUUCUUCCUUUUUGGAGUCAAAGUAUAUUGCCAAUAUGAAACUUACCAAUGGGAUGAAGAUUAUGACCAAGAAUCAGAUGAUGACUACCAACCAGAAUUCCAAUUUCGUCAAAAUACAGAAUAUGGAGUUCCUUUUCAUCAGUAUACUUUAGGCUGUGCCAGUGAAUGUUUCUGUCCAACUAACUUUCCAUCAUCAAUGUACUGUGACAAUCGCAAACUCAAGACUAUCCCAAAUAUUCCAAUGCACAUUCAGCAACUCUACCUUCAGUUCAAUGAAAUUGAGGCUGUGACUGCAAAUUCAUUCAUCAAUGCAACUCAUCUUAAAGAAAUUAACCUCAGCCACAACAAAAUUAGAUCUCAAAAGAUUGAUUAUGGUGUGUUUGCUAAGUUUUCAAAUCUACUACAACUUCACUUGGAGCAUAACAAUUUAGAAGAAUUUCCAUUUCCUCUUCCUAAAUCCCUGGAAAGACUCCUUCUUGGUUACAAUGAAAUCUCCAGACUGCAGACAAAUGCCAUGGAUGGACUAGUAAACUUGACCAUGCUCGAUCUCUGUUGUAAUCAACUCCAUGAUUCUACGUUAACAGAAAAAAUUCUGGCCAAAAUGGAAAAAUUAAUGCAGCUAAACCUAUGUAAUAACAGAUUAGAAUCAAUGCCUCCUGGUUUGCCUUCUUCACUUAUGUAUCUGUCUUUAGAAAAUAAUUCAAUUUCUUCUAUACCAGAAAAUUACUUUGACAAACUUCCAAAACUUCAUGCUCUAAGAAUGUCACACAACAAACUGCAAGAUAUCCCAUAUAAUAUUUUUAAUCUUUCCAACCUGAUAGAGCUCAACAUUGGACAUAACAAAUUGAAGCAAGCAUUCUAUAUUCCAAGAAAUUUGGAACACUUAUACCUAGAGAAUAAUGAAAUAGAAAAGAUCAAUGUUACAGCAAUGUGUCCUUCUAUUGACCCGUUACAUCACCACCAUUUAACAUAUCUUCGUGUGGACCAAAACAAGCUAAAAGAACCAAUAAGCUCAUACAUAUUCUUCUGCUUCCCUCAUAUACAUAGUAUUUAUUAUGGUGAACAAAGAAGCACUAAUGGUCAAACAAUACAACUGAAGACCCAAGUUUUCAGAUUUCAGGAUGAAGAUGAUAGUGAUGAACAUGAUGACCCUGACAGAGCUCACGAGGACCAAGAACAAGAAGGACCAGAAGAGCACUUUGACCCUCAUUUUAACUAA